CGAUGAUAUGAUGAUAUGAGAUAAAUUUUGUUUUAAAUGAUCAAAUGCUUUCAUUAAACGCCACGUGGGUGCCAACUUACGGUUUAUUUGUGGAUAUUAUCGAGCUCGGUGUGGUACGGGACGGACUUUCUUGGCGUUAUUUUCGUUCAUGGACUGAAAUAAAAAUACGAAAAUGGCAACAAAAGGACUACAUUAUAUUCCUCCGGGUUCCGACGGAACCGAUCAUAGCUACAGACAAAGAAUAGCGGCCCAAUAUCAAAUAAGUGCUUUGAAUAAGUCGAGAUUAAAACAUUCAAUAUUCUUUCAUUAUAUGCUGUUCUUUGUAAUGUUAGCUAAAUUAUCUGCUGACAUAUUAGAUAAAUUAGAUAUAUUUAUAUUAGAAAUUGAGGAAUUAAGGAUUCCUCAACCGUUAUGGUGGGAAUAUAUAUGGUGUGUUAGUCUAUUAUUCUCGUUUUUGGGUUUAUCAUCUGUAAGAAAAAAUAAUCCAAAACAUAUGAAGCAAUAUUUAUUUGGUUUGAUCGCUUUUGGCUAUUUACCAUUACUUUAUGCGAUCAUUUAUUAUUUUAGAGAUGUAUGGACUUAUAUGAACGCUGAUCCUGAUGAGGAUCAAGAAGAAAUUGAUGAAAUACACAUGUGGCAAGGUUUACCCUAUGGUUUAUUAUGGUAUGUAUUCAUAAUAGGGGCUUUACAAGUUCAUAGCUUUUCAAUGUAUUUUGCUCUCAACUUGAUCAAAGCAUGGAAAUCCAGAGGUGCCAGAAAAAUCGAUUAGUACUUUUCCAUAACUUUUUGUUCUAUUAAUAUAUUUCAUAAGGCACAUAAAAAAGACUCAUUUUCCUAAUCAAAUGUGUUCAAGACAUUCUUACAUCUCAUUUUGAGCAUCUAAAAUUGUCGUUUUCCAACGUUACAAUUCUUGUUAAUCAAUUUCAAAUAAACUAUUAUUGUUAUUAAA